AUCUCCACCCCUCGCGCGUGUCCGCUGACUCUCGCCUCCCGUCGCGUUCUUAUCCAUCCACCCCGUCCGGCACCCAUUUAUAUCCUGUCGUCCCUCCCUCCCUCCUUCGGCCACACCGUGUCACACCGCUGCUUGCUUGCUUGCGAUCGGGUUUGGAUUUGGGGAGCAUCAUGGAGGCCUACUUCUUGUUCCACAGCGGGAGGGCGCACGAGUUCGCGUACGCGGAGCAGGAGGAGGACAUCGGCUCGCCGUCGGAUUCCGAACCCCCGUCCACGUCCACGUCGAGGGAGUCCGCGGGCUCGUCGGCGGAGCUCGACGACGACGCCACCUCCUCCGGCUCCGGCUCCGGCUCGGACCGCUUCGAGAUGUCCGCCCUCAUGACGCAGCUCCCUCCCUUCAAGCGGGGCCUGUCCAGGUUCUUCGACGGCAAGUCGCAGUCCUUCGCCUCGCUCGCCGCCGUGGGGUCGCUAGAGGACCUGCCCAAGCCGGCCCGGAAGCGCCUCAAGCCGUCGCGGAGCUGCGGCGGCGCCCUCGACGCGCACCGCGGACGCCUCCUCUCGCCGCGCAGGCAUUAUUGCACCAAGCCCACCGCUAGGACUAGGAAGGCAGCCGCGAGGAGCGGCACGUUGUCGGUUCUCGCGGCCGGCGCGCCGAGGAUGCCGCCGGCGGUGGCGAGGGCCGAGGGCGUGGCCGCCAAGGUUCUGAUCGUCAGUUGAGCCGCGGAUCGGCCUGCCUGAGCUCAACAUCGACGCACACACUCGCAGGCACAGCUAGUACGGACCGCCGCAUCCACCCCUCUGCCUGAAGCUGUUCGGUUUUCUUUUUGUUUCCCAAUGCGUCUGUGGUCUGAUCUCUUUGUAAUGAAAACGCGCAGCUCAAUUAGAAUGAACUUCAGUUGGAAACUC